GUCCAAAACACCUGGAGCGGGAGAGGUUGAUGAAUCUAAGACCUAUUCUGAAAUGUGGAUGGGCACAUACCCUACAGUUCCCUCCAAAAUCCUGUCCACAGGACAGCUGCUGAGCGACUACCUGAAAGAGAAUCCAGAGGUUGUGGGCAAGUCCGCGUUGGACAAAUGGGGUCCGGAGGUGCCUUACCUACCUAAGAUCCUCUCUUUCUCCAAGGCGCUCCCCCUGCAGUUACAUCCUGACAAGGCUCUAUCCGAGAAGCUUCACCAGGAGGACCCGAGCAAGUUCGGUGAUCCCAACCACAAGCCAGAGAUCGCCAUCGCGUUGUCGAAGUUCGAGCUCUUUGCGGGCUUCAAGCCCUUGGCUGAGAUCGAGCAGCUGCUGAAAGUCAAGCCGCUCGAUCAGUUUGUGCCCCCGGGCCAAACGUCCGGCCUUGACGACGAGCUGCUCCGCGAGAUCUGCCGGAUCCUGUUGACGCUGCCCCCCUCCAUUGUCGCCGAGACGAUUAAGGAGCUACUGGAAAUCCCGGAGUCGCGAUUCGGGCCCAACCAGCGGUACAUCCCUGGUCUCCUCGACCGGUUACGCAAGCAAUACCCGGAGACCGACAACGGAAGCUUAGUGGCAGUGCUACUGAUGAACUACAUGACGCUGGGGCCCGGGGAGGCGGUUUGCGUUCCGGCGGAUAGCAUCCACGCGUACCUGCACGGCGAUAUCAUGGAGUGCAUGGCCCGGUCGGACAACGUGCUCAGCACGGGCUUCUGCCCUAAGGCGGAGAAGGACAGCGUCGACCUCUUCACCCGCGCGCUGUCGUUCAAACCGCAUGGCCCGGACGAGGCGAUCUUGCCGCGACGGAAGAGCGACAAGGGCGAGCACUUUAAGACGGAAGUGUACGCCCCGCCGUUCAGUGAGUUCAAUGUCUUGGGCACCAGUCUGGGGGCCGGCGAGAAGGAGACAUACAAGCCAGUCGGCGGUCCUAGUCUGUUGAUCGUGACCAAGGGCAAUGGCACAAUGACUGUGGCCGGUGGUGACGGGACGACGUUCGACUUGCGCGAAGGCUAUACGUACUUUAUCGGGGCGGGGGUGGCCUUGGACCUGAGCACGGAGAAAGGCAUCGCGGUAUACCGCCCGUAUGCGGAGUAGAUUGAACGACUAGAGGAGUUGAGAGCGGGGAAUGUGUCGAUAACUUAUAUUAGCGAUCACGAUAUGAUAACGUGGAAUAUAUUGUUCUUUUGUAAUGCCCCUCAAGAGGAGAAUAUCUAGUCCUGUACUGUAUCUUUCGGGACAUGGCAACUUCGCCAAAUACCGAAGCCGAAACCACAACCCACGAAAGACAUAUUCCAAGACAAACAAUUGCAUUCAACAUUCUGCUAUAUAGAUAGUCAUGUACGGAAUG